CUAUUAGGACACUAGCAUGUGCUUGCAUGUCUCUCUCUCUCUCUCUCUCUCUCUCUCUCUCUCUCUCUCUCUCUAUCUCUCCCUCUCUCUCUUGCGUCUGUUGCUAACUUCAGUGCUCUUCUUUCUCUUCGUGCGCACAGUAAAUCAGAUAUAUAGGCUGCGCAGCGCGUUUCCAGCUCAUCAAACAGAUCUCUGCUCUGUUCUCUCCAGCUCACCUCACCUGCUGCCUGCAUGCUGUCGAUAUAUUAUGUAUUACCCAAGACCCAGACAGUGGACUUUGCCUCCUCAUUGCAGUCAUUCGCAUACUACUGCAAGCACUUCCUCUGACACAGUUGGGCCUACAAUUCAGUAGUCUGUUAAGCCAGGACCUCGCUUGAGUUCUCCAGAAUGAGCUCCUCCACUGGUCCGGCCCCAGCGUCAGCCUCCCCUGUCCAGGCCAAUCGAGGGAACUCGCCUAACAUCUUACCACUUCUGUACACGUCCCAGCUCGGCAUGGACAGCCAGACCAUCUGCAUUCCAUCUCCGUAUGUGGAAGCCUGUCAGGAUUAUUCACCACCGCACGGGGGAGAGAUCAGCCACGGAGCCUUAACGCUCUACAGCCCCGUGUCCUCACCAGUGCUGGGGUACACUCAUCCUCCUGUGUCCGAAAGCCUGGUCCCUUUAAAUUCAGCAAUCUUCUGGCCUCCCCACCCCACACACUCUACGCCGUCUCUGCACUGCCCGUCUCCACUGGCCUACAGGGAAACACAUGCACACACCACCUGGGAGGACGCCAAGACACACAUUAACCAGAGCAGUUCUGUCCUUACUCAUGCAAAGCUGUUAGGGCAGCAACUGGAUGGUGAUGAUGGCUUGAAUCCCUCACCAGGCAUUUUGGGUAAAGGAGACACACACUUCUGUGCGGUGUGUCAUGACUACGCCUCUGGGUAUCACUAUGGUGUCUGGUCAUGUGAGGGGUGCAAGGCUUUCUUCAAACGGAGCAUUCAAGGUCACAAUGAUUAUAUUUGUCCAGCCACCAACCAGUGCACCAUUGACAAGAGCCGACGCAAGAGCUGCCAGGCCUGUCGACUCCGCAAGUGCUAUGAAGUGGGCAUGAUGAAGUGUGGUGUGAGACGGGAGCGCUGCAGUUACCGAGGUGGACGUCAUCGUCGCAACCCCCCAAUCAGAGACAGCUCAGGUGGGGCGAUAGGGGUCAGAGGUCAUUCCGAGCCUCAUUUAGAAUUUCCCCUCAGUCCCACUCAUCCACUCUUCCCUUUGGGGGACAGAGCUGAGGGGUGUGGCCAGAACCUCUCCCCAGAGCAGUUGGUCAACUGUAUUCUGGAGGCGGAGCCUCCUCAGAUUUACCUGAGAGAGCCAAUAAAGAAGCCGUACACGGAGGCCAGCAUGAUGAUGUCACUAACCAACCUUGCUGACAAGGAACUGGUGCUCAUGAUCAGCUGGGCGAAGAAAAUACCAGGUUUUGUGGAGCUGACUUUGCCAGAUCAGGUGCAUCUGUUGGAAUGCUGCUGGCUGGAUAUAUUGAUGUUGGGACUGAUGUGGAGAUCCGUGGAUCAUCCCGGGAAACUCAUCUUCUCACCCGAUCUCAAACUCAACAGGGAUGAAGGGACCUGUGUUGAAGGCAUCAUGGAGAUCUUUGACAUGCUGCUGGCCACCACCUCCAGAUUCAGAGAACUGAAGCUUCAGAGAGAGGAAUACGUCUGCCUUAAAGCCAUGAUCCUUCUCAACUCCAGUAACUGUUCAAGAUUGCCACAGACUCCUGAAGAUGUGGAGAGCCGUGGGAAGGUUCUGAGGCUGCUGGACUCGGUGACUGAUGCUCUAGUUUGGACCAUCUCCAGGACAGGCUUGUCCUCACAUCAACAGUCCAUCCGGCUCGCCCAUCUCCUGAUGCUGCUCUCACAUAUUCGUCACCUCAGCAACAAAGGCAUCGAGCAUCUGUCAACCAUGAAGAGAAAAAAUGUGGUGCUGCUGUAUGAUCUUCUGCUGGAGAUGCUGGAUGCCAACACAUCCCAGAGCAGCCGGAUGCUAGCGGCUCACACGAAAGCCUCUCUCCGGAUGGACACACAACAGACCACAGAGAUCCUCCACACAUCCAAACAGCAGCCUGCAUUGAAAGAGAGCAACCAGGAGACCCGACACAGUCCACAAGCUGAAGAGACAGUGGAUAAGACAUUAUAUCGAGUGGACGUGGACACAGACUGACAAUAUGCCUUUUGUGGGAUAAAAUCUCCCAGCAUGCAGCAUCGGAUAUGAAUCCAAUUUCUAAGCCACUUGCGUAGGGUCGUGGGGGUUUCAAAGCAGACCUGGAAAAAAUAAACCCUUAGAUGACCAAACAGGGCUUUCAAAUGGCACUCAUUGCCCUAAUCCCUUCGAAGGGUUUACUGCGAAGGGAUGAAAAAAACUGUUCCUUGCAAACCACUUCUGCAUCAUUUUGAAAUCAAAAGUCAUCAUCUGCAUCAAAGUGUCCAUCAGUUGUACCUGUUGAAAUCCAUCAUUCCGAUAUGUCCUUCAGAAGUGGAUUUAUCUCAUUUAGAAUGCAGCAUGAAAUAAUUUUCUAACAUUUUCCCACACACUCCAUAUUUUGUCAAUGGCUGGACAAACACAAUCCCAAACGAAUGUGAUUGGUUGAGCCAAUGCCACUAUUGAGCAGGCUGAGACGCUCAAAUUAACAGGAUGUUAAUAGCUCCACUGUGUUUAGGUUUUGGGGAAUUAACCUAAUUUAAAGCUUAAAACAGGAAAAAAUAUACUGACGACACACUGACACAACAGUACGUUUCUACAGCUACCAAAACUAAAUUCAUUUGAUUGUAUUCAGCUGCAUAAUAAAUAAAUAUGUGGGAAAUAAACAAGUGGACACGUGCAUAUUUGUACAAUGUUUAUUUGUAGGAAAACUGAAACCACAAACAUCUUUAUAUCGUCUUCAACCAGUGUUUGACAUUGGCAGUGCAAGGUUUGCUGCAAAAUAAAUUCGUCAUAAAGUGUA